CAAAUCAAUGGGGUCGUUCGUUGGGGAUUCCCCAAAACAAAAUUCCCUCAUAUGUUUUACGUUUUAGAAAUCACCGGUUUACACAGAUAUCUUCGAAUCUUUGAAAUGACACUAACCGUGCCGUAAGGAAUACACUCGUGAAGUAACCAGAAAGAAUAAAUCAGAAACCGAAAUGAGUGACAACAAUCCGCUGACCCGUAAGAGGAGAAUGGAGGAGUUUAUCAACAGCAAGAUUGACUACAACGGCACAGUCACCAUCACCUUUCAGCAGGACUUCGCCUUCUACUCCCAGGUUUUGCCAGCACCCUCACAGCGCCAGGCAGCUGACCUACGAGUCCUGGACACUGACAUGCACCACGACCUGCAGCAGACCAGAGUGCUCAACUGGUGUCGAACAGCAGAUCCUGUGUUCCCCCUGCAGACUAAGAGUGAUGGCAACUGCCUGUGUCAUGCCGUCUCCUCCUUCAUCUGGGGCUUGGCUGAUGACAACCUCACGCUUAGGAAGCUCAUUAACAUUGCUGUGGACACCGAGAGCAACAAACGGAGAUGGCGGACCCAGUACGAGAGGCAGACGGACACGGCAAGAGACAGUAUGAGACUGAAUGGAAACGAUUGGGAACGGGAAUGGAAGACAGUCGUCAUGACAGCAGCACCUACACGGAACAUGAUGGGAGUUGUUCCGUACUCUCACCUUGAAGCUAUCCAUAUCUUCACUCUGGCCAAAAUACUGAGGCGUCCCAUCAUAGUACUUGCAGAUGUCACAGCCCGUACCCUGUCUGGAGCCAGUCUGCAGGAGAGUGACAUUGGUGGCAUCUACCUUCCCCUGGACUGGCCGGUGGAGAAGUGUUCCAAGUACCCUGUAGUGCUGGCCUACAACCUGAACCACUUCUGCCCACUCCUGCCACAGAACGCCACCAGCUCGGAGAAGGUCCUCUUCACAGUACCCAUUGUGACUCAUGACAAGUCUUCUCUGCCCAUCAGAUUCCUUUCAGAGGAGGAAGAGAAGAAUGCAGCGCGGAUUCUUAAGUCAUACUUGAAAGUAAAAGAGAUAGGCGUAUCCACAACUGAGUCCAUGUCACUUGUGCUGUGCACAGAUAUAAAAUAUGUACCUCUACCAGAUCACCUGAGGGUGUUUGAGCAAAAAGUUCUGAGUGUGCCAAAGAGCUCUUACAGUCCCAGGGCUGGAGUUGCUGCAGCCAGCUUUGAUAUGGCGCUAUGCAUCAGCCCAGGUUGCAAGUUCUAUGGUUCCCCAGCAACAGGUAACAUGUGCUCAGAGUGCGUGGAGAAGUAUCUUCAGCAGACACCACCCCAGCCUCUUGCAGAGCCUACAGCUCCUCCCGCCUCCAUGCCUGUCGCUGCAGAGUACAUUGAUAUGUCUAUGAUGGGUGAGACUUGUACUGGAGGCUGUGGAUAUAGGUGCUCUGUCAACACAUAUCCUUAUUGCCAUGAGUGCGCAGAGAAAAGGAGAACCCAGGUGUCAGGCUCCGUAGUUCAUCCCAGUCCUACUGACAUCUCUGAGACAGGACCGAACGCCAUCUCUUACCAAGAACCUGGAGAAUUUUCUGAAGCAGGACCUACUGCCAUCUCUGGACAGGGAUUGGGCACCAUCUCUCAAACAAGACCCGGUGCCACCUCUCAACCACGACCAAGUGCAACCUCUCAACCACGACCUAGUGCCACCUCUCGGCCACGACCUAGUGCCACCUCUCAUUCAACCAUGUCCACUGAGGAUUAUCUAUUUGGUGCUGGAGGUGGUUCACAGCAGGGAUUCGAGCGACCUGGAAUGUCAUCCUGUAUAAUGGAAGGAUGUCUUCAGCAGGGAAAAGCAAACCUUGGUGGACGAUGCGACAAGUGUUACAUGGGAGAGGAGGGGCUGAAGCAUAUCUGCAGCACUCCAGGCUGCAUUGGACCCCGAGUCCAUGAUGGAUUCUGUCAGCAGUGUAGGUCAAACCAAACUGCUGUCCAUCGUCCACCAACAAGUGGAUCAGGAGAAGGUAGCCCGGGAAGGAUAAACCAGCAGUCAACUGGACUGGCAGACAGACAAGAAUCAGAAUCAAGUGAACAGGAAGGUAACCUCAGUUUAAUGGAAUCUGGGUCCAAGUGUAACGCUGAGAGUGUGAAACUAAUGGUCCUGAAAGGGCCUGAAGAUAAGAUUGCAUGUGCGAGCCCAAUGUGUAACACACUCAUCUAUCCUCCAAACAAACUGUGCCAGAACUGCAUUGACAUACUGCGGCAAAGCCAGGCACUUCAGCAGCAGCAGCAGCAGCAGCAGCAGCAGCGCUCACACUUAGAACAACUCCAGCCGACCGUGGUGUCUUUGAAGCAAGAACUGCCAGGAUCAGCCAGAAGUUCAGAAAGAAGUAACAACAGUGCCCCACAUGCUGUCAGACAGCACAUGGUGAAGGUUCCUCUGGCGGAGAGUCAGCGUCCCAACUCAGCACCAAUAGGACGGAGGUGCCUCACACAAGGCUGUAGCAGGUUCGGUGACCCAUCCACUUCUGGCAGAUGCAGUGUCUGCUGGAUGAAGUUCAUCAACCCUAUGACACAUGGGUCAGUAGUGGCAUCACCUGACCCCGAGAUCAACGCUCUUGGUGGGGGUCAGCGAGAGGAUCCAUUCCAGGCUAUGAUGGCUCGGAUAGUCAGUCAGAAGAGGAGUCCUAGCCAUUGCAAAAAGUCGGGGUGUCCUAACUUUGGCAACCCCAGCAAUGAAGGCUUCUGCAACAGCUGUUACCCAUCCUACAUCCAGGUGACAAAUAAUUUGUAAGUGAUGUGAGGUGGGUUUAUGCCACUUGUUGCAAUAUUCCCGCCUUGUCACAGCGGGGUAUACAGGAAUGGUAUUCAGACCAUUUUUACCCAUGCAGGAACACAAAGCCCAAGUUUUGUUUGUUUGUUUGUUGUUUAACGCCGUACUCAGCAAUAUUCCAACUAUAUGACGGCAGUCUGUAAAUAAUCGAGUCUGGACCAGACAAUCCAGCAAUUUGGAUUGAUGACAUGCAUCAACCAAGUCAGCAAGUCUGACCACCCGAUCCCGUAGUCGCCUCUUACGACAAGCAUAGUUGCCUUUUACGGCAAGCAUGGGUUGCUGAAGACCUAUUCUCUACCCAGAUCUUCACGGGUCAAAGCCCAAGUAUUCAUCAUUACAAGCCAAUGCUUUAACCAUUGGGCAAUGCCACUUCCCUUUUGUAGAUAAGCAGGCACCCACAGGUAUGUAAAUGUUGAUGGUCUGUGUUACUGUACCAGUUGUUAUUUAUUUUACCAACUGAAGAAUCUGUUGUAGUUUGUUAUGUAUUGUCAAUUCCUUUGUAAAUUGAAGUUUCUGUGCAACUUGUUAUCUUUAAUACAUUCAUUUGAUAUGUUUAAUGUUGUAUUGACCACGUGUUGAACUGUAUUAGAUAUAUACCACUCAAUAUUAGCCCAUGAUUUUUCAUUCAGAGAGACAGCCUGGAUUGAUUUGCCACCAUGGCUUCCUUUUCAUGAAUAGUUCAAGUGACGCUUAAAAAUAGUUGUCCAAUCAAAUUACCGUUCUUUCACGACUGAAAUUGAGACAUCAUAAGCAGCUCGCCUUCUUGUGUACCAUCUCCUGUACAACUACUAUCAGCAUAACAAUGUCCCUCCCCUAUGUAAAUACACAGGAAUUUUUUUGUUUUAAGUCAUCUAAGACUAUUAAUUGUAGCGAAUACUCGCUUGUACGAUGCCACAGUUUUAAAAUUAGAUCUGUGCUGGACUAAUUCAAACAGCAUCAUUUUGAUUCGUUGACUUGAAGAUAACAGAGAUGAGGAUGGUGUAUACACUAGAUAAUUGAGGGUAUCAGCCUUGAACAACUGAUAAAUCUCAAAUGACGUAAAACUUUAGAAAAAAAAGAAAAAGUGUUUAUAUAAUAGAACUUGUAUUAUUUUUUUCUUUCCACCCAUUUCAGUUUUCAACUCUUCACAUAUGUUGGGUGCAAAGGUUUUAGUUAUUAUUAUCAUUUUGGUUGAACAAAUAAGUAUUAUUAUUGAAAAUGUUUUAGAAAAGCUACUAAUUGUUAGUCAUCUGCACUCACUCUGUACAUUUUAUUUCCCAGACUAAACAAAUUAUCAAACCUAUGGCCAAAAAACUUCCUUUAGGCCAUCAAUAUUUAAGUAUUUGAUUUUCAUCCCUCUCACUUCACUACCGUCCCCAACUCUUCAUUGUAUUGUACCCAUGUUGCAGACCAAGGAAAAUUGCUAAAUUUACUCUCUUCUUUGUAUAGUCGAGGUAUUGUUCCCAGAUGGUGUGACUAGUUUGUUUCAAAAAUAUAUAUAAAAUGUAUAACGCCUUUCCUCACAACUUUUUAAAAAUCUUAUUACAUCAAUUUAUGGUAGCCUUAAUGUAUCUCUAUGUUUCAAAUUACACAAAACAUGUUUGAUUGAUGGCAUAGGAUCUCCUUGAAUAUUUACAAGACAAACUCUGUGAUCAUUAGCCACACUGGGUAAUCGUUUGACAUAAUGGGUGAUCAGCAGACAAAUAUUCACAAACCUCAGCUCAGCACUUUUUGCAGGAAAAGGAACAUGUAACAAUUGGUGAUUCAGUGUAUUGAAACAAUACCCAUGGGGGUACCUACAUGUAGCUAUACAUAUAGUACAUGUUAAUACCAUAUCAAUGUGGUUGCAUACAAAACUGUAUGUCAUACUGAUCUUGUAGGUGAAAUGAUUUAUUGUCAUCUUUGUACUUGCAUUUGUCUUAUUGUCAGUCAUCAUUUACGUGUGCUAAUGAAUAAAUAUCUUUCACGUUAACAAUA